AUGAAGAAAAUUGACAAGUUCUUAGCUCUCCCAAGCCAACAAACCAGAAAACUAGUAAAUCACCAAAUGACCAAGAUUUCUUGGUAUCGAAAUCAAAAAAUAGUAUACUACGACACAAGGCCAGAAAGUUGGAUUUCCUGGCGUAUGGGAUAUGAUGGCCGAGGCGUAGCCGAGGCUAUCAUAUCACAUACGUCAGGGCACCCAACAUUCGGGUCGUGGGUUGUAUACUAUUUUUCUUGCUCUCCAGCCGAAAGUACGCAACCCCGUGGAAGGGGUUUUGCCGAGGGUUAG